AUUUGACGCCUUGCAAAGUUUGUUGAAAUGGUUGGGUGUAAUAUUCUUGCCCACAGCAUUUACCUUUAGUUUAGAGGACAGUGCACUUUGCAAAAAUGCAUCGCACUUUUUCAACUCAUGGUGUGCGAUGGCUGCGAUCACUGUCCGUAGAAUUUCGCCCCUCACGGUCAUUACCGAAUCGUGCGUUUUUCCUCCCUCUGCGUUCUUGUGGGAUCAUCUCAGCAUAUCCAUAUUGGAGGAGGCAAUUUUCCAAACAAAGUGACACUUCAGCUUCGUUAGAUGCGGACGAUGAACACCCAGAGAGUGCAGAAAUAUUACAAGAUCUUCGAGCUCGUCACCAUUACCACCACGACAAAGAUGCAGGGAAACUUCAUGAAGUUUACGUUUUAGAACCCGAUUUUAAAUGGGGAAGAAAUCGCUUUCGAGCCGUCACAAGCCAGCAUCGACUAGAUGAAGCAUGUGCGCUAGUGGAGUCGAUCGAAAGCUGGAAGGUGGCCGGUAGAAGUAUAGAAUCCGUCAGAAGGAUGGACAGAAAAACAUUUUUCGGAAAAGGAAAGAUUGAGGAGUUAAAUGAAAGAUUCAAAGAAAUGAAAAAUUCUUCUUCUCCCUUUGACAGUGUUUUAAUCGAUGUGGCUCAGCUCAAUAAUUGGCAGCAUACACAAUUAGAAGACAUUUGGGAUGUUAAGGUGUAUGAUAGGUUUGGUGUGGUGUUGCAAAUAUUCAAGGAGAGGGCCAAAACAGCAGAGGCAAAGAUUCAGGUGGAAUUAGCAGAGUUACCAUACAUCAGGUACAUUCAGUCAAAACCACAUACACUCAAUUUGUAGGACAAAAGGCAGCCUUUAUUAUGACAAGCUUAUUAAUGAACUGAUUUGGUCAAAAAAACAACCUUUUGUAAUUUAAUCAAAUUAAGCUAAUAGAUCAAACAACACUUAUACACACUGUUAACAGAAAGGCAGCAGAAAACAGAACAGAUAUGAAAGAACACCACAAUGAAAUACCAGGAGGCAUGGAAGGAAAAGAAAAAUGGCUUCUAGGUACACAAAUGAGGUGUAAUGAGUGUUAAUGUGCUAAGCAAUUGAAUUACUGAACUUAACGCUCUUUGUGAUCUUUUCUGAGUACCUAAAGUAUGACUGUACUUUUGCUAUUACAGUUACAAAAUAAUACAGUUUUCACAAUUAGCCUUUUAUGUAGAGGUGUACCGUUUAUUAAUACCUGGAACUUUAAUUAUAUGGAUAGGUCAAGAUUGGUACAUAGAGGGAGUUUUGAUCAGCAGAGAGGUGGAACACACACCAUAGGAGGAUCUGGAGAAACAAUCCUGGAAAAGCAGAGAAGGAUUUUAUUUGAACGUGAAAUAAGACUGAAAAAGAAGUUAUACGCUAUCAAAAAGCAGCGUGAGCAUGUUAGGCAUGACCGACAAAAGAGACAUGUACCAACCGUGGCAGUUGUAGGUUACACCAAUGCAGGUAUUGAAUGAUGUACCAUCUUAGUACUUACAUGACCAGUCUAAGUGUACCUGGAUCAAUUCUGAGUUAAUUACUCUUUCAAAAUUAAUAUGUAUUUGCAUCUUCUCCUUUCUCUUGUUUGAUUGCGAUGGAUACACUGUACUUGGAGAGGGUAUGCUGAGAACCACCCUUCCUGCAUGUACGUGUAUACAGUAAAUCCUGUAAUUAUAUAGCAUUGUGAUUGUGGGGUAAAGCCAAACAUUCUGAUUGAUUCUUACUUGGUCAAGAUUUUACCACGUGGACUAUUUCCAUGGAAACUGUCAUAAGCCAUGUAUUUUGUUCACGAAAGCAGGCAAAUUCAGCACAAAGGAGGUUGGUCAGAGUGCCAUUUAAUAAACUACUUGAUACUAACUUUGUUUCCUUGAGUGGUGCUGGCCAAUAUUGUCUCUUGAUAGAAUUGUAUGCACCUUGCUAUGCUUGGUCCAUACUGAUAUAGCCUUUGACCAAUAUUCCCCAGUGUAGCCCUUGCCCUUGUUCAGUAAGAAGUAAGAAUUAGUGCCUCUGCUUUACUGGUUGUACUCCCUUUUUCCCAUCAUUAUGGAGAAGUACUGGUAUAUAGAUAACAGAGGAUGUUUUAAUCGGUCAUGCUUAAAUUAAUAUUUUGGUACUUUUUCACAUGACAGGCAAAACAACUCUGAUUAAGGCGUUAACAGAUGAAGCUAAGAUGCAGCCUGAAGACAAACUCUUUGCAACUCUUGAUGUAACAGCACACCCAGGGAAACUCCCAUCUGGCAUGACUGUUCUCUUUAUUGACACUGUUGGAUUUGUGUCCGACCUGCCCCCAGACCUUGUUGAGUCUUUUUCUGCAACAUUGGAAGAUAUUUCAGAUUCAGUAGGUUGAACUUUUUUUCUGUAAAUGCUAUGUGUUUUGUCUAUACACUGAGUCAAGUUUUUUGAAAUAGCUCUGGAGUAAGUCUGCACUAUAAGUGAGCAAUAUGGCCUUGUGAGCUGGUUCAAGUUUCUGUAGCAUGAUGAUCUCAUGAGUAUUGCUCAUCACCCCCCUCUCCCUCCCCCUGGAUAAGAUGCUAGUCCAUUGUUGUUAACCUACUCCACCCCCAACCCAGCAUUUUGCCUUUAGCUUACCUAAGAGUUUACCAGUAUCAUUGUACACUCUUGGGUGGAAAGAUGAAAUCAGAAAUUAGAGUAAUGCAUCUUGCUCUAGAUCUCAACAAAAGGACAAUGAGAAAGGUUAUACUGUAUUUAUUAGUUUAACUGCAACCUCCAAAUGAGUGCUCACCUCAAAUAAGCACCUUCCCUGUACAUAGGUAAAAUUAAGUAAGAGCCCAGCCUUGAUUAAGUACCCAUCUUGGAUGCGACCACUUUUCAGGUCCAAAGAUCUAACAGGUACCCAGUGCACUUCAUCAAAUAAAAAUGGUGUGUAAAAACUUUUUUAUGGUGAUGAGAAAAGUUUAAGGUUUCUGGAGCAUACUUGUCUUUGAUUUAUAAUUCUCUUAGUUAUUGGAAAUACAUUGUUUUUGUAGCUCCAUUUUGUUCCCAAUGUGCUGAUUGACAUGUGUGUGUUAUGAGCUUUUUUGUUGAUCAGUCAGGACACCAAUGGAGUCAUUGCAUAUAUAUUUAUUUAUUUAUUUAUUUUUUGCCAUUUAAAGUUAUUUUCCACCUCUCCUUUUACACACAGGAUUUAGUUGUACAUGUGCGCGACGUCAGUCACCCAGAAUGUGAUGCUCAACUGGAUGACGUCAUGACAGUUCUUGAGAAACAACUCAGCAUUAAGGCACCUUUAAUGGAAACCAUGAUAGAGGCUCAGAAUAAGAUUGAUCUUUGGUACGUGAUGGGUGACACGAGUAAGGGAGCGUAGCCAACUCUUGAUAAGUGAAAAUGAACUCCCUUUUAUCUUCUUUUUUUUAUUUAAUGGGUAUGGUAAUAGAAUUUUGUUAUAUUUAAGCUUUUUCGAGGGAACACGUAAUGAAUUUGAAUACACCAAACAUUUUACUGAAACUGCAAAGAAAAUGUAAAUUAGAAUAUAAACAAGAGGUGGCCUGAAGGGAGAUGGAAUUGACUGAAUCAAAGUUGAAGGGUUCAACCUGUUUGGGUUUAUUUUUGUUUGAAAGAGAAGUUUAAUUUUACAACAUUCGAAAAGCUUCUCAUUAUGCAUGCCAUUCAUGUUUAUAAAAUGUAUCCCAGUGAAAGGGCAAAAGACUUAACUCGAAAAUUAAUAUUAUCUGCUUUGAUUAAGUGGUCUUUUUCGUAAUUACAAACAGUACUAUAACUAACUUGCAAAUGUCUUAACUUUCGAAAGCGUUCACUUCCAUUUUAUUGAUAAAGUCAAAUACUAUUAUAAAUGGAUAAACACUUCUCGUAACUAUUCUGCUUUUUCUUUCCUUUUCGUUGUUCUAGCAAUGAUAAAAACUUCCAAGUUAGAUCCGGCGUGUUAAGCGACAGGCGGACCAAGAUAAGUGCGGUAAACAAAACAGGUUUGAGUGAGCUUCGUGCAAUGGUCGAAAAAGGGAUCAUAGCAUCCACAGGGAGACAAGUCAAGAAACUUGUAUUUCCUCCAGAUGGACCACAGCUUAGGUGAGAAGACAGAAAAGCAUUCAGAAAUAUUCAAACGCAGAGAAUUUAUUCAGAGCAACGUUAACUUGAAACAUGAUUGGCAAAAUUUGUUAUUGAUAUCUUUUUUUCAUGUGAUCCUCUGACUUGAGACCAAAGGUUGGUUUGAACUAUUGGAAUAGCUGUAAUAAGUAAUUUGAGACUUUCUUUGCGCUUUUGAAAAAGGUCGUUUUCUUUUCACGACUUAAAUGGAUGCAGAUAUAUCUUUUCUUUUUGACUGUUUAUUUUAGCUGGCUUUAUCAUGAGACAACAGUUCAGGACACAUCAGCUGACGAGGAUGGAAAUAUUGUUGCUACAGUCGUCAUGGAUGAAGCAGCGAGGAAAAAAUACCAAGCAAAAUUUGGGAAGAUUGAUUAAUGGCCUCUUCCCUGUUUGCAAAUCGUUCAACUGAAAAAAAGCAAGGAAGAAUUCUACCAUGGCUCUAAACCGAUAAACUAGCAAAGGAAAACGUAAUUGUUUUUCCCCUGCAUCCCAUUUGAGUUUGUCUGCAUAUGAGGAUCGCCUGUUAUUUACCAUACGGUCUACAAGCAUGGUGGAAAAGUAAACGCGUAAUAUAUAUUUGGUAGGAAAAGGUCUGUAUUUCAUGACGACUAGUUUUCUUCACAUGGGACGUAAGAAGCGUCUUCUUUCACCAUAUCGAGAGAGGAAGGUUGCAAGCACUUCGUAACUUAGAACAGUCUCCUUUCAACAGAUGUCACCAGCUACCGAAACCUAGCAAGCGAAUUAUUCACGAUAUUGACUGAACAGUGACAACUGACUCACUCCGCUUGAGUCUUGCAGCCAAUAGCAUCACGGGAAAACUCACAAGUCAAUUUUUAUAAAGCGGUUUUUCAAGACUUAAAUGACGAAAGACUCCAUACUUAACUCUGGUGAUGACUUUCGCUCAGAUUGUCUGACGAACGGGUACUGACGUUAUCAACAGUUAUUUUCUCGAACUUCCUUCACUUGGACGAUCGGACUUCACGAUCGAAAGAUCCAUUUUCGUUUACAUAGUAUGUUUUUAAUGUGUUUUCCUUGAAGGAUAAUAAAGUGGAUUUAGUUAUUACAUUGCUUCGAAGCAUUAUUAUAUUUUGCUGAGAGAGCUCUCCAGAUAUAAGUCCCGGCUCCUCAGUUCCGCGCGCUAAGUUCCCUGUAAAUUUUACAAACCCAAGGCUUGAAAUCCUGGGAAAGCCUGCGCUUUUCGUCUGCAGUUCCAAAGAUAACUGAGAAAAAGAUGUUUGUUUGUGCGCUCUCUAAUGAUUCAUACUGCAUGUGAUUCAUAGGUGCACAGUACUUUCUUAUUAUCCUCUGAGUAAUUUCCAGUGUUGAGAACUAAUUACCUGUCCCAGGAUCCUCAUUUUGACGCGCCACAUGCACUUAAACUCUUUGUCAAUUUGAAAAAUUACUGUUAUACUUGUUUUUAAAAGCUAAUCACUUUUCUUUUUGAUCUGGAUAAUUUUCAGCGUUGAAAACCAGUGUCUCACUUUGAAGUGGUAAAUACACGGGUGCCUUUACGUUCAUUUG